AUGGGUAGCAAGAUUGUUGAAUCUCUAAAAGGCUCUGAAGGAGUUGCUGGAGCUGGUGUUCGAGGAGUCAGCUCACUGAGGGCUCGCAAUGCUAGACGUCUGGCUGAUGAUGACCAAAAUUAUCAAGACAAAAAAGUCCGGCGAGCAGACCUGGAGGAAGGCAGCCAUGGUGAUGAUGGGUAUGACCCAAGUCUUGCUAAAUAUUUUUUGCUGGAAGAUUCUGAAGAUGAUCUCGAUGCUGAACAAAAUGAAUCCAUUAGCAAGAAAUGUACAUCUAAAAAGAAAUCAAGCAGUACUUCAAAGUCUAAAAAACUCAGGACUGCAAAUAAGGUUUCUGAUGGAAGCUCCAAUGAAGAUGAAGAUGAAUUUGAUGAAUCAUCUGAAGAGGGCUUUGAGGGCAAUGAGGUUGAGGAAUCCACCAGCUUCACUUUCACUGAUGGUGACCACAGUCAGUAUGCAGAUGACCCAGAUGAUGAUGAGGAACUUGACUCUUCUAAUGGUGAAGACGAGAAUACUGAUGAUGAUGAUGAAGAUGAUGAAAGCAUGGCAAUAAAUGGUUCUGAUGUUUCAUGCUCUGAUGACAGUGAAGCAAUGGCUGAAGCUGCAAGACUUAAGUCUAGAAAAAAGAAAUUACUCAAGAGAAGAAAUAAAAGUUCAGAAAUUGAUAAUAACAGUGAAGAUGAAAGUGAACCAGAUAGUGACAGUGGCGUAGUGGAUGAUGAAGAAGAAGAAGACAUAACUGCUGUGAAGGCUGAAAAUGUAUCGGAAGAACAGAGAAAAGCCAGUGCUGUUUCUAAACAAUUUGAUUUAUAUGACAAGCUUUUUGAGAGCCGCAUCCUGAUGCAGAAGGUGGUGAGCAGCAGCCACCAGCUGCCGCAGCCUGACGUGUACGCUUCUUUUAACUCCAUCACUGGCUACGAGGGAGAGCGAUAUCAUAAGAACCUGCGUGCCGCUAUAGAAGCUUCCCAGAAGCUUAUGGACAGUCUGCUCAGACUUCAAGAGUCGCUACUGCUCGCCACGCCCGACACCAGCACGGUUCUCACUGAUGGCUCCACAACCGCGCCCGCGUCCAAAGCUCUGGAUGACGACGAAGAAAUAACCAGCAGUGAAGAUGAAGAUAAAGAUAAACAAGAUAAGAAGAAGACCUGCGAUGGCCCCAGCGUCACCAAGAGCACAAUUGCUAGCAAAAGCCUGCUUGGUGAGAAGAGGAAGCGAGCUGACAAGGAUAUUUUAGAGGACGUUGAGGCUACUCUAGCCAAGCGCCACUGCAACUUGAGACCAUACAGGAACAGAGUUGUUGCCUAUUGGGACGAGCGCACUAAGCUGCUGCAGGCGCACGGCAAGAGCAGCUCUCGUAAGGGAGGGAGUUUCGAAGCGUUUGAGGAGAACUUCAGCGUGAUGGUGACGCGGCUUCUCAACGACAGAGACAAAGUGCUUAAACGCACGCAGCUGCGCAGUGCGAACCGCGGCAACUACGCUACACCUUUGGGGGGCGUCGAGCGCAAGCCUAGGGUCGAGAUGGACCCCGAGCUGGACAUCCCUAAAGUGGAGGAGAGCGGCGUGUUGUUCCAGCGCUACGACCCCGAGAUCUACGACGACACGGACUUCUAUUCCUUCGCCCUCGAGCAGGUCAUCAAGAUGAAGAUGUUGCGUGGCACUUCAUCCCUCACCACGGCUCAGUUCCUCGACUUCACCGAUAAACUUCGCAAGAAGAACAAGAAAAUCGUUGAUACCAAGCGGUCCAAGGGCAGGAAACUCAAGUAUGACGUUCACAGCGCCCUGCUGCAGUUCCUGGCCCCACGCGGCGCCCCAGAGAUGGAGGACGACGCUAUCGACAUCGUUGUUGCUUCUCUCUUUGGGGGGCAGAAAAAUAACGCUGCCUUUGGGGGGCAGAAAAAUAACGCUGCUAAACCACAGCCCAGCAGCGCUGCGAGUAAUACACGUGAACGCGAUUAGUGUGGCUUUUGUUACCCAAAUGUGUUAGGUUUGGGCCCGAGGGCCGUUGCGUUAAUAUGCAGUUUUCAGCUUACUUGUCCCGAGGAUAUUAAUCAAAAUCGCAAUGCUUGCUCCUCAGUAGACAAUUUCCAAGCAGUUCCUUCACAUAUCGUUCUAUUUUAGCUACGCUGCUCGUUUCUUCAUUCCAGAAUCAUUGUGGGACUAUAUAUUAUAUUAAAACCAUCACAAUGUGUAGAAUCAAUUCCUGCGCAGUAUAUAGAUUAUAGAACCAUUACAUUAAAAGCGUUAUAUUAUCUAGAAUAAAUGUAUCUGCAGUGUAUAGAACCGUUAUAUAUUUUAUUACGUCAGCCGCAGGGGUAAGAUCUUGGCAAUGCAGUCAAUGCCUCCUUCAGAACCGCUUUGUCUCAACGCCUCAAGUGAAGUUAACUUCAAUACAAAAAAAUUUUACUCCAAGUUUACUCAAUUGGGCUGGCCUCCAUGGACGCGCGGUUUAUUUCAUUGGCAUUAUUUAUGUUCUUGUGGAGCAAGCCUUAUUUUGAAUUACCUGUAGUAUAAGACAUCAUUUUGAAUGCUUGUCAUGGCAUCAGAAGGAAGGGAAGUCUUUUUUAUUUUGUAUUGUACGCGAUUGUGUUGAAGGUAUUGGCAACGCUGCCUGAUCUUACAUGGGUGAUCACAAGCCCUCGGUCCCUAGUGAGUGCUUUACGCACGGCAAUUUUCUCUGUGUUUACUUUGA